UGCCGCCCUGAGGGGCCGGGCUGGGCUCUCACCGCCCACCGGCGGGGCGGGCGCGGAGGGAGGCCCGGGCGGCGGGGCUGGUGUCUCGGCGGGGUCGCGCCGGGCUCCUGUCCGGCGAGCAGGCGGUCCGGUCGGUCGGACGGACGGACGAGAGGAGCCGGUAAGAUGGCGGCGUAGCGGCUCCCCCCGCUCGCAGCCCGCCCUCGGCCGCCAUGAAGCUGAUCAUCCAGGAGACGUACGCGGAGGCCAGCGAGUGGGCAGCCAAGUACAUCCGCAACCGGAUCGUGCACUUCGGGCCCGGCCCCGGCAGGUUUUUCACGCUGGGGCUGCCCACAGGCAGCACACCGCUGGGCUGCUACGGGAAGCUGGUGGAGUACUGCAGGAACGGGGACCUCUCCUUCAAGUACGUGAAAACCUUCAACAUGGACGAGUACGUGGGUCUGCCAAGGGACCACCCAGAAAGUUACCACUCCUUCAUGUGGAACAACUUCUUCAAGCACAUCGACAUCUCACCAGAGAACGUUCACAUUCUGGAUGGGAAUGCAGCUGAUCUCCAGGCAGAGUGCGAGGCCUUUGAGGACAAAAUCAAAGCAGCUGGAGGAAUUGAACUCUUUGUUGGAGGUAUUGGCCCUGAUGGUCACAUUGCCUUCAACGAGCCUGGAUCAAGUUUGGUAUCCAGGACACGAGUGAAGACCUUGGCUAUGGACACCAUACUGGCUAACGCCAGGUUCUUUGAUGGUGACCUCUCCAAAGUCCCCACGAUGGCUUUGACAGUUGGAGUAGGCACUGUCAUGGAUGCCAGAGAGGUGAUGAUUCUGAUCACAGGAGCCCACAAAGCCUUUGCAUUGUACAAAGCCAUUGAGGAAGGUGUCAACCACAUGUGGACAGUGUCUGCCUUCCAGCAGCACCCCAACACUGUGUUUGUGUGUGAUGAGGAUGCCACACUGGAACUCAAGGUGAAGACAGUGAAGUACUUCAAAGGUUUAAUGCUGGUUCACAACAAACUGGUGGAACCCUUAUACAGCAUGAAGGAGAUGGGAGCAGAAAGCAGCCAGUCCAAGGGCCCAUACAGUGAUUAACCCAGCAUGUUUCGAGGCUUCUGAGCCAGCUUUCUGCAGAAAACCAGCUGGGAAGAAAGGGAAUCACUGCAGAAACUCCUCUGCUCUUUGUUCUUAAAUGAUCAGCAUGAUUCUGUGCUUGUUUCUCUCCACUAAAGAGAUUCAACACCUGUCUUGAUUAACCAAGGGAAAUGGGCUCCAGUAGCUGUGUCCUACAAAGCACCACCAGUGGCUGAUCCUCCUGCAGGUGAAGUUAGCGGAGAGUAAAUUUCAUCUCUGACACAGCUGUAAUGCUGUGGACUGAAGGCCCCAAAACAUAAGAGAUGUGAAAUUACAAUGCCACAGAAGCCAAAUGGGAAUCACGUUGGGAUGUGUUCCUCACAGUUUGGACGAGUCCCUCGUGUGUCACCCCCUCCACAAUACACCCCUCCAUUGUGCCAUUUAAACUGGGAACUGAGCUUGUUCAGCCUGGAGAAGAGAAAGCUCCAGCAUCACCUAAGAGCAGUGUGCAGCACAGCUGCUAGACCAGCAGGAAAAUGAAGCAGGCUCUCCUGGGCACUGUGCAUUGAAAGAUUAGAAGAGACAGUGGAGCUCCAAACUGGAUACAAGCACAAAACCUGCCCCUGAGGACCGUCUGGCUAUGGGGCAGGCUGCAGAGAGGUUGUGCAGGCUCUGUUUGUGUUGAAACAGGGACCCUAAAGAUCAUCUACUCCCAAACCCCCUGCCAUGGGCAGGGACACAUUCCACUAGACCAGGUUGCUCAAGGAAGGCCUCAUGCAGCCUGUCCUUGAACACCUCCAGGGAGGAGGCAUCCAUGUCAAAGCCCCUUGCCAAGCUCUGCUUUGAGCCAGAUGAUUGGACUUGAGACCAUUUAAGCAAAGGGGAGGUGAUGCCAUAGUGUGACAUGGCACCAUUAAUCCAGUUAAUGGUUUCAUUUACACCUGUGUGAUUUCAGUUGGUAUCACACAAGAAGCUGUACUUACUGGGUGGGUUUGGAAGCUCUCCAGAGGAGGCUUUACAACCUCUCUGGGCAGCCUGCUUUAGGACUCCAGCACCCUCACACCAAAGAAAUUUCUCCUCCUGGAUUCCAGUUUGUGUCCAUUGCCUCUUCUCCUGUCACUAGACACCACUGACAAGCCUAGCCCCAUCCUCUUGCCCCCUCCCCACCUUCUUCUCUGAUCAUUGAGCAGAUUCCCUCUCAGGCUGCUCUUCUCCAGGCUAAACAGCUCUAGGACUCUGAGCCUUUCCUCAGAGAUGUUCCAGGCCCCUCAGCAUCUCUGUAGCCUCUACUGCACUCUCACCUAUUGUUCCCUGUCUUGAACUGAGGAGCCCAGAACUGGACCCAGUACUGCAGCUGUGGCCUUACUGGGACAGUUGCCUUCUUAUCAAAUGUUAUCAAGUGAGAGGCAGGACAAACUGGGCAGCACUGAUUUCAGUACACAGAUUUUAUAAACCUUUUAUCUCUUAAUGGAACUUUCUAGAGUAAAUGUCUUAAUUUUUACUAAA